CAUUCGUGUGUCAUUUUUGUUGAUUGUCAAAAAACGUCAAAACUAAUAAAUCGUGAAAAAGGUUUUUGGUGUUAACAUACAUGUUAACAAAUUCUUAUUUUGCCUCACAAAAUAUAAGUCACAUAAGCUCGCCUGUUAAUAAUUUGUGCAACUCAAUCACUCGUCAUAAGCAAAGUGGGUGUGCUUAAUUACAAUAAAAUUCUUUUGCUUUUGAAAUGACUAAUUUGCAUUUAAAAUGAACUCGAAUAAGUUGAGCCCUACAAGAAACUUUUCAGGCAAUUUUGUUGAUAACAACGAUGAGCCAUACCCAAGUUUAUCAGAUUACCACGACUAUGAACCUAAUCUGGAGUUCGACGACAGCGAACUUCACCAAAGCCCGGACGCCGUGGCCCAAACCGCUGAAUUAAUCCAAAUGGAGUCGAAUGGAAUAAAUUCGCCAAUCGCGGACUUCACCGACGACAACUUCGAGGAGGAACUAGCCGACCCCAGCGAAGAAAAUCUAGAUGGCUUGAUGUAUUCACCUUCCUAUCCAGUGGUUGAUGAUUCCCCAACAAGUAAGUUCGCCAACAUUGACAAUUACAAGAUAGUUGACGUGAAGGGAGAUGAUUCGCUCGGACGAAAAAUCAUCGUUGUGUACGCCCAUCGACUGCCUCCCAGCGCCGAGAUCAAUCACGUAUUAUUUUUGAAUUAUUUAACCCACACUUUAGACCAGUAUGUAGAGCAGGAUUAUAGUUUAGUGUACUUUCAUUAUGGCCUCUCGAGCAAGAAUAAGCCGUCGCUGCGGUGGCUUGUUCAGGCUUACAAAGCGUUUGAUAGGAAAUAUAAGAAAAACUUAAAAGCUUUGUUCUUAGUCCAUCCUACUAGUUUUCUGAAAAUUGUGUCACAGAUUUUCAGACCUUUGAUUAGUGCUAAAUUUGGGAAGAAAUUGAACUACAUUCAUACUUUGAAGGAGUUGAAUGAGCACAUAUCUUUGGAGAAACUCGACAUCCCAAAUGACGUGAUUGAACAUGACAAGAAGCUUGGGGGCACUGUAACUCCUACUUCAGAUACCACUUUCCAGCCUAGUUCUCCUUUACAACAAUUCGGCGUUCCUCUUCAGUUUAUAAAAGACAAUUAUAAUGGUCCAAUACCUCCAGUGGUUAAACAGUGUGUUGAAUAUUUAGAUCAACCUGACGCUUUAGAGACUGAAGGUAUAUUUAGAAGAUCGGCCAACACACUAAAAAUUAAACAGUUGAAAGAGGUAGCGAAUCAAGGCGAACUUUUAACUUUCGCUAGUGCGCACGAAGCCGCAGUUUUACUUAAAACUUUUCUUCGGGAGUUGAAGGAGCCCCUCUUGACGCACGAGCUCUAUGACGAAAUUAUGCAGUUUCAUACGUGGGAUAAAGACCAACGGUUAAGACAAGUUUCGAUAUUGGUUAUGGAGAAGCUUCCAGUGGACAACUAUCAGAUACUAAAGUACAUUAUAAGCUUUCUGUCAAGGGUGAUGGAAAGGGCCGACCUGAAUAAGAUGAACGCACAAAACUUAGCUGUGGUUUUUGGCCCUAAUCUGGUGUGGUCUGAAAAUGAAACGAUGUCUCUUGUUUCUAUAGGACCUAUAAACAUGUUUACCAAGUUUCUCUUGGAACAUUAUAAUGAGAUAUUCAUGAUUUAAAAUGCUUUAAGAUAUCGAUUCUGUGAUUGUUAAUGCAUUUUUUUAUUUUGAGUACAAAAGUACCUUAAUUUAUGAUUCUACAUUUGGUAAUCGACCACUUAACACAAUAACAGGGUUUUGUAUUUAGUAUUCAACCAUAAAAUGUAGAAUUUUGGUUAUUUUACAAUUAAACUUGUUGUCAUAUAAAUAAUGAUGUUAAAAAAAUAGUUUGCCUGGAUAUAUCAUGUUAGAAAAAAAUGUGAGAUUUUAAAGUAUCGAUUUGUGUUGCUUACAUUGACAUAUGUCAGAACAUAAGACUUAUAGAAAUGUAGUUAUGUAACUAUAAGAAAAGCAGUAACAAAUGUAGUAAUUUUGUAAAUUAUAUUAUCGGUACACAACCUUUACUGAAAAAGAGUCAAAUAUUUUAUACAAAUGUACUUGUUAAAUCUUAUUCUCUAAAGAUGGUGUACCAAGUUUUAUAUAUUGAGGAAGAAAAUAGUCAAAAUGCCAAAGAGUUAUCUUAAACCCGUGGUUUCUAAAUUUAGUCUACAUUUGUUAACAUAUUCCGUAUGCCAACUUCACAACUUACAAAAUUAUUUCGAGUCCAGAUAGUACUUCUAAAUCUACCUCCGGUAUUAUUUCAUUACUAACCAUUCCAUUAAAGUGUAUUAAUUUUAUUUUUUUAAUGUAACAUGUCUUAUAAUCUCACCAAUAAAAUAUAAUACAAAACUGUUACAGCCUA